GCAACUUUCAUUCUUACAUAUAUUAUUUAUCUUUUUUGAAAUUAACUAAUCAAAUAUGGCACCCAUUACUAUUGAGAUUGAAGUUGCUUCUCAAUAUCCCGCCGAUAAAGUUUUCAAAGUUUUCAGUCAGUUCGAUAGUAUUGCACCUAAGGUAAACCCUCAAAUUUUCAAGUCCAUUGAAACAGUUGAAGGAAAUGGAGAUGUUGGAACAAUUAAGGUCCUCACAUUUGGUGAUGGGGUUCCAUUCACAAGUGCAAAAUACAAGGUAGACGCUAUCGAUGCAACCAACUAUAGCUAUAGCUACACAUUUUUCGAAGGAGACAACUUGAUGGGCAUAUUAGACUCCAUCACCAGUCAUGUUAAGAUUGUACCUGCCGCCGAUGGAGGGUGUGUGAACAAGCAAACUAUUACUUAUAAUUGCAAAGGUGAUGAAAAACCAUCUGAAGAGAUUCUUAAGAAGGAGAAAGAAACUUAUGAAAGCACCUACAAGGCUAUGGAGGCUUAUGCUGUUGCACAUCCUGAAAUUUAUAUGACAUGUGUUGGUAUCGAUAUUGAGGUUGCUUCUCAAUAUCCCGCCGAUAAAGUUUUCAAAGUUUUCAGUCAGUUUGAUAGUAUUGCACCUAAGGUAAACCCUCAAGUAUUCAAGUCAAUUGAAACAAUUGAAGGAAAUGGAGAUGUUGGAACGGUAAAGGUCCUCACAUUUGGUGAAGGCGUCCCAUUCACAAGCGCAAAGUAUAAGGUAGAUGCACUCGACGCAAGCAACUACAGCUAUAGCUACUCAUUUUUCGAAGGUGACAACUUGAUGGGCAUAUUAGACUCUAUCAAAAGUCAUGUUAAGAUUGUACCUUCCGCUGAUGGAGGAUGUGUGAACAAGCAAACUAUUACAUAUCUUUGCAAAGGUGAUGAGAAGCCAUCCGAAGAUUUUCUUAAAAAGGAGAAAGAAGUUUAUGAGAAGACCUACAAGGCAAUGGAGGCUUAUGCCGUCGCUCAUCCCGAAAUUUACUAGCCAUUUUAUAUCAUUAUGCUUUGAAAUCCUUUCCUUAUUGUACGCUUUUGCUCAUUUACUUGGCAUAAGCUCUUAAAUGAUGCAUGAGCUUCCAACUUUGAAACUAUUGUACCACGUUCGCCUUGAUGAAAUAAAAACACAGCUUUUUAAUUUAA